ACCAAGGGAAACAGAGAGGAGCGGAGAUUUGUUUUCUGUGUUUAGGAUCAGCAUAUCAUGAGGAAUCAAGUGGAAAAAUAAACAAGCCUGUCAAGAGCUGCUUCUUCACCGAUUGAUUGGAAUUAACUCUUUCCAUCGGGGAUUUCAUUCACGUUUCUUCGAGUGGAUCACUCUGCUGGGGAUUACUUUACACUGCAAGUCUCUCUGUCAAAAACUUUCGCAGCUCACUGGAAAAUAUAGAGGCGGAAGACAGACGCACCAAAGGAAAAGUUUCACUUCAUCUUCCCUCCUGCCCGCCUAAAACUCACCUUGACCGCGAGACACUGGAAAGCUUUUAUAGCACUUUCUCCAUGAGUGUUUGAGCCGGGCUACACGGACCUGCGGAGCUUUCACUAGUUUUUGAGGGGCUGUCAACACAAUGGGACGCCUGUGUCUGCUCCUGGUUGUCAGUCUCACCGUACUCACCUGCCAGGUUUUGUGCUCGGGCGUGUUUGAGCUGAAGUUGCAGGAGUUCCUCAACAAGAAGGGGAUAACGGGGAAUGCCAACUGCUGCCCCAGAGGCUCCGCUCACCUGCAGGGCCAGCAGCAGUGUGAGUGCAAGACUUUUUUUCGAGUCUGUCUGAAGCAUUAUCAGGCCAACGUCUCCCCAGAGCCUCCCUGCACGUAUGGGGGCACUGUGACACCCGUCCUCGGCUCCAACUCCUUCCAGGUGCCGGAGACCAACGCGGACAGCUUCACCAAUCCGAUCCGCUUUUCCUUCGGCUUCACAUGGCCAGGGACGUUUUCACUGAUCAUUGAAGCUCUGCACACUGACUCCCUGGACGACCUGACAACAGACAAUCCAGAGCGUCUGAUCAGCAGGAUCGCUACUCAGCGUCACCUCAGUGUGGGAGAAGAGUGGUUCAGUGACGUGCAGACAGCUGGCAAGACGGAGCUACGAUAUGCCUACCGCUUCCUAUGUGAUGAGCACUACUACGGCGAAGGCUGCUCUGUUUUUUGCCGGCCGCGAGACGAUGCUUUUGGACACUUCACUUGCGGCGAGCGUGGAGAGAUCAUAUGCAACUCUGGCUGGAAGGGACAGUACUGCACUGAACCAAUCUGCCUUCCAGGAUGUGAUGAAGAACAUGGCUUUUGUGAUAAACCAGGAGAGUGCAAGUGUCGUGUGGGCUUUAGCGGGCGUUAUUGUGAUGACUGCAUCCGUUACCCAGGCUGCCUUCACGGUACCUGCCAACAGCCUUGGCAGUGUAACUGCCAGGAGGGGUGGGGUGGGCUUUUCUGCAACCAGGAUCUGAACUACUGUACACACCACAAACCCUGUCUUAAUGGAGCCACUUGCACCAACACUGGCCAGGGCAGCUACACUUGCUCCUGCCUACCUGGAUACACAGGUGCAAGCUGCGAGAUUCAAGUCAGCGAAUGUUCUGGAAGUCCAUGUCGCAACGGAGGCAGCUGCACUGACAGUGACAAUGGAUAUAAGUGCACCUGCCCACCUGGUUUUUAUGGCAACAACUGUGAGUUAAGCGCCAACACAUGUGCAGAUGGGCCUUGCUUCAAUGGUGGACACUGUGCUGACAAUCCUGAAGGUGGCUACUUCUGUCAGUGCCCGACAGGAUACGCUGGCUUCAACUGCGAGAAGAAAAUUGACCACUGCUCGUCCAACCCUUGUUUAAAUGGGGCAGAAUGUGUGGACCUGGUGAACUCCUACCUUUGUCAGUGUCCUGAAGGGUUUUCAGGGCCUAACUGUGAGGAAAGCAGCAGCAGCAGCAUCUCUGGGUAUUGUCUAUCCUUUCCUUGUCAGAACGGUGGGACAUGCCAGGAGGCAGGGAAUGGCUACACCUGUAGUUGCCCUCCAGGUUAUACUGGCAAAAACUGCAGCUCACCUGUCUCCCGCUGCUAUCACAACCCCUGUCACAAUGGAGCCACCUGCCAUGAGCGCGGUGGUCGCUAUAUGUGUGCUUGUGUGCCCGGCUAUGGCGGUCAUAACUGCCAGUUCCUCUUACCAGAGAUUCCCAGGGGUCAGCCAGUUGUGGAUGGCCCUGAUCGAAUAUAUUCAGGAAGCGAAAAUCCUGAUGAUGUGGAGGACGACGACGAUGGUAUAUUCCCCUGGGCGGCCGUGUGCGCUGGUGUCUUCCUCGUUCUUGUGAUCCUGAUCGGCUGCUCUGUGCUGGUGGUCUACAUUCGGGUGAAACUGCAGGAGCGGCACAGUCAUCACGGUGACAGUGUCCACAGUGACAGCCACGAGACCAUGAACAAUCUGACAACCACCAACAACUGUCUCCGCAGUGACAAGGAACUGGGAGUUCUGAUGACAACAUCAAUUAAAAACACCAACAAGAAGGCAGAUUAUCAUUCGGAUCUUGCUGGAUCUCUGGGAGGUCUGAGUGGAAUCAGCGGGCUCAACGGAUCAGAGAAGAAUGGCUUUAAGACUCGCUAUCCCAGUGUGGAGUACAACCUGGUCCAUGAGCUCCAACCUGAGGAGCUACCACGAUGUAAAGAGGAGGUGCACCUAGAGCCAGAGGCCAAAUGUGAAAUGCUGGAUGAGUCAGAUACAGAGGAAAGACACAGGAAGAGAAAAAACAGUGAUGCAUCAGAAAAAAAACCUGUGGCAGAGUCACCAAGCUGCAUUGAAGCAAAAUAUCAGUCAUCCACUGAUUUGAACUGUCACGCAGCGAGUGAGCUUAAAUAUCAGUCGACCACUGAUGUCAAAUUCCAGUCAACCAGUGAUGUUGAAUACAGCGGUCCCAGUGACAGCAGGUACCAGUGUACCACUGACACCAAAUACCAGUCCGUCUACGUCAUCUCGGACCAGAAAGAUGAAUGUAUCAUUGCCACAGAGGUAUGAUACCAGUCAAGACCAGGUGGUGAUCCACACACACCAGCCCUGAGCAGUAGAGCUCAGCUUGUCUCCAGGAGGUUUUACUCCUGCUGUUUGCUGCUGUUCCCUGGGAUUUACCAGAGGACUUUGAGCCAAGGUGUUGAUGAGCCCACUUGGCAAGGACUUAGUGCUACAGUAGUACUACGGGUGAAUUCUGGAUAUUUCUUGGAUGGAUGUAGGUCUAAUGCUGACUCAGCGCUACGGACAGAGUACAAGGCAGUGCUAGCACUUGUACAGACUUUGUACAGAAACGGUGCUGGCUGAGUACUCGUGUAGUCCAAUGAAGACUGCUGGCGAACCAAUGAAGACAGCUUCUGCAGUUCAAGAAGAUUUACUGCUCGUAACAGGAUGAACUCCAAUCAGUGGAAUAUGGACUUGUAUGUUGACAGCAGAUAUUGUAGUACCAUGGGAUACUGAUUGAAUAAACAGUGAAGUACCUUUGGAGUACUGAGAAUUUUUCAAGUACUGUUGUAGCACUGUUAUGUGCUAGUGUUUUACAAUGCAGUGUAAAAUCUGUCAUGGAUAUUGAAUAGUUCGUGUUCUGUGCAGUGCUGCAGAGUAGAGAGCAGAGCUGUAGCAACAUUAAACUGCUUCAGUCUAUUCAUUAAAUAUAAAUCACAGUUUGAGCUUUCUGGACACAGAAAAUCUGUGGGGCUUCUGUAGCAACGGAACAUCUUUUCCUCUGCGGCACUGACAGAAACAAUGUUUGCUGAGCUGGUUCUCAGCACAAACUAGAGAACUAAAGACUCCAGUAGUGACUGCAGAUCAAUCCAACCUGGAUUCUGUUGGGCCAUACUGGCCUCUGACCCCUGAAAGUUGUGACACACAGGGAAAUGUUUUGGGCAGAGCAACUUAGGAAACACUUUUGGCAUUAGAGGACAAAGGAAAAAAAAAAUCAAGGUGAAACAGCUCAAACAAAACAUAUUUGAAGUUUAGUUAUCAGUUCACUUGUGAUUUCUGUUUGAAUUUGCUACAUAUUCCUUUGAAGAACAUUUCCAGAAUUUUGUGAAAUUGCAUCAGCAACUCAAAUUGACAGUUUGGUCUUUUUCUUCCUGACCUCUAGUGAUGCUGUUGAUUUUUCCAAGUAGGCCAAGCUAUAAAGGACUAGUCUUAACAACCUCAUUGCACUAUGGAGGUGGGCGUGCAUGUGUGCGUAUGAGGCUGCAGGAGUGUGUGGCUGUGUGCGUGUGUGUGUAUGUCAGUGUUUGUGUGUAUAAGAGUUCGUGCCUGUGUCAUUGUAUGCACUGCCCACUUCCACUCCCUUCACUCUUCCACUGUUAGCAAAUUCAAGGACACCAUCACCCUGCCUGCCGUUGGUUGAGAUCAUUUGUUUUUAUUUUAUUUUUUAUCUAAAGAAAGAUGUAUUCCUUUAAUUUAAUUAUGUAAUUAUUUGUGCUCCAUUCUGUUGUGUUUUUUUUAUUAAUCCUGUUAUAAUUUAAGUUGAAUUUUUUUUUUUUUAUCUGGCAGAUAAUGUAUGUAUGUAAGUAUGUAUGUAUGCAUGUAUGUGUUAGGCACUUGAGACCACUGUGACUGUGUUGUAUUUAAGAGAAAAGUCGUAUGUACAGAGCCUGUCAUUUUUAUUACUGGGGAAAGAAAUGGCGCAAUAUUUUUCCAAAA